GACGUCAACAAUUGUUCUACAACAUGAGGGAGCCAUGUUAGUAUGUCUUGUAUAGGGAAGGUAAACUUAAAGAAAAAUCAUGUCUUGUGUUCACUACAAGUUCAAGAGCAGUCUUGAAUAUCAGACUGUAACUUUUGAUGGUCUCCAUAUAUCUGUGGGUGACUUGAAAAAGGAAAUUGCUAAUCAAAAACGAAUGCGUCCUGGAGACUUUGAACUGGAAAUAACAAAUGCCCAAACAGGAGAAGUCUACAAGAAUAACAACACGCUGAUACCCAAGAAUGCAUCAGUGAUCGUGUUUCGAGUACCUGUCAGUUUGUGUUCAGCAAGCAGCACACAGAAAUCAUGGGAGGCUUACAAGCAGGAAGUUGCCAAAGCAAGAGAGCAGGAGAGGCAGAUGAAUCAGGAGCAGUUGAAACAGACGCCAGACCUUGCCAGUGCAUCAGGAUCUGAGAUAGAUAAGGUGAUGGCUGCUCUGCACCAGUCUAACAAGGGGUUUGAACCUUCAAAUUAUGUUGGGAAACACCACACAGGGCCUGUUCCUGAGUCCUACGUCUGUCGCAAAUGCAACCAACCUGGGCACCACAUCACUACCUGCCCACAUAGAGGGGAAAUCCUGGAGCCAAGAAUCAAAAGAACCACAGGCAUCCCUGCCAGUUUUCUCACAUAUGUAGAUGAUCCUCUAGCGCCAGGAGCCUUGCUUACCCAUCGGGGCCAGUUUGCAGUGCCAACUAUUGAUGCCAUGGCAUAUAAAGAAGGCAAGAAAGAACGACCUCCGUUCUUACCACAGCCUGUGGCUCAAGAGCCCGAAAAACCAAAGAUACCACGUGAGCUAAAAUGCCAACUUUGUCAGGACCUGAUGACUGAUGCUGUUGUCAUUCCAUGCUGUGGCAAUAGUUACUGUGAUGAGUGUAUCAGAACUGCUUUACUGGAGACAGAAGACCAUAGGUGCCCAACAUGCCAUCAGCGAGGAGUGUCUCCUAAUGGGAUUAUUCCCAACAACAGCCUGCGUUCAGCUGUCCAGGCUUUCACCAAUGAUAGUGGAUACUCAAAAACACGUCGUCUGUCUGCAGAAAACCCAGUUUCACAUUCAUCUCAGCCCCCAACACCAACAUCUCAUGGCGCCCCACGGCUCACACACCUUGGACGUGGUGAUCACAGCAUGCCCACACAGGAUGCACAGCACCAUCCACCUCAUGAUCAGCAGCACCUGCCACCACAUGAGCAACAGUUGCAUCCAUCCCAUGAACAGCACCAUCUCUCUGCUCAUGACCAAAUUCAUGACCAGCGUCACCAUCACCGUGCCCGUGAUCAGCGUCACCCUCGCCAAGACAGGCUUUUGUCAGAACAGCAUCGCUCACAGAGUCACCAAAAUGCUCGUUCUCAUCUACCUGAGCAUGGUUCAUCAUCUGGCCACCAGAUCCAAGCAUUGACGGUUGCCCAUGGUGCUGCCAGUCAGCCCCCUCCUUCUCCAAUUCAUCCAACACGUCAGCCUCUUCCUCAGCUAAGUGUGCGUACAUCAUUGCCACAGGCACCUCCGGUCUACGUGUCCAGCACUCUGACCACAACAAGCACUGCUGGGUACUCUCCACAGUCUUUGCAUUCACCUGGUGCUGGUACAGGAUAUGAAGAUGAUGGAUUGGAGCAGGGCAUUCCUGUCCUUGGAAAACCAACAAGCAAAGGACGAGGUAUUGCAAGAGGCAGCCACAUGCAUCCUGCAGAUGCUGCUCACUAUCCUGGAGUACAACCUGUCGCUGCAGUUGCACCGGGUGUUCCUACAGUUGCCUACGCCACUCCACCACCUGGCUACCCAGCCUACUCUGUGCCUCCCCCAGGCUAUGCCUAUCCUUCAGGCAUUCCUUCAGUGUAUGCUGCAUCCACCUAUCCAGCAUAUCCAGGGAUGGCUAUGAGUGUCAUCCCUGUUUCAGGGGAAGAUAGCAGUAAAAGUAAACCAAAACCAAGAGACAUCUUUGAAGACUUUGCCAAGGAUCUCAUAGAAAAGGGUCGGGAAAGACCUUUUAAGCUAAGUCGUAGUCGUUCAAGAUCACGCAGCUAUACACCACGUGACAGUCGAAGGUGGUCUCGAGGACGUAGCUGGUCCAGCAGAUCACGCUCAAGAUCAUACAAAAGUCGUUCCAGAAGUCGAAGUCCUCGCCGCCCAAGAUCACGGUCACGAUUGAGGUCACUGUCUCGUGGUAGAUCUCACACUCCUUUGAGGCGUUCCAGAACACGAUCUGUGUCUAUUGGCCGAGGAAAAUCAAGGUCAAGAGAGAAAUCAAGGUCACCACCAAGAGAUAGAUCAAGAUCUCAGGAGAGUGGUCGCUACAGAUCUCGCACGCCUGAUAGUGGUAGCAGAUACAGGUCUUCCAUCAAAGGCAAGUCAAGAUCACCAAGUGGCAGCAAAUUCCGAUCACCACGUAGGGGCACAUCCAGAUCACCCAUGAGAGGUACUCCACGAUCAGCAAGUCGAGGGAGGUCCAAGUCCUGGUCACGUUCACCAAGAGGGAGAUCAAGGAGCAGGAGUCGGUCAUUUACUCCAAAGCGAAGGAAUCGAUCAUUCAGCCCUUCACCACGAAGUCCUCGUAGGAAACCCAGUAGAAGCUUGUCACAUUCCAGAUCACGAUCAUGGUCUUCUCCACGUCCACGUUCAAAAUCUUUCUCGCCUCAACGCAUCAAGUCUCCACUGCGGCCUAAACCUUUCCGUCGUUCCUCUUCACCCUACCAAAAUCGUUCGCUGUCGCCCAGUUACAGGAUAAAUGGUCCUUCACCACCACCUGUGCGAGGAAUGCUUAGAGGACGUGGGAGAGCAAGAGGGAGAGGUAGGAGAGGAGACUGGGUACCGCCACCGUUUCGACCUUAUGGCGGUGACCGUGGCCACCGAAUGAUGCAUCCAGCUGCAAGAUUUCCAGUUCCUUACCAUAAUAUGUUACCUGAAGACUACUACAGACAAACUGCUCAGUAUGAACAAUACUACCAUGACUAUUAUGCCAAGUAUGGACCAAAUGCACCGCCACCUCAGCCACCUCCUUGGGCUCCAAAUUAUGGCCCAAUGCAUGUCCUUCCUGCUCCUGCAGGAGGUUGGCAGCCUCAAAUGCCACCACACCAGCCACAACCACAUCGUCCACCACCACCCCAGCUACAGUCUCAGAUACAACAGCGGCCACCACCCCAGCAGCAUUUGUCUCCUCUUAAGGAACGUCCAUCUUCUCAGGAGAAGGAGAAAAGGCGUUCAGCUACACCUGAGCCCCCAGGAGUUGAAAAGCAGCCAGGUGGACAGCCUGGCAGCACUGAAGACAGGAAAGAUUUCCACAGGGACCAGGGCAGAGACUUUAGCAAGGAAACCAACCAAGAGCAAGGAAGAGACUUUACCAGAGAGCCAGGCCGAGAACAGGGUAGAGAUCAUCCCCGUGAUCAGAACAGGGAAUAUUCCAGAGAACAUGGACGAGAUUAUCUCAGGGAACAAAACAGAGAUUAUCACAGGGAACAAGGGAGAGAUUAUCACAGAGAACCAGGCAGGGACAUGGGCAGAGAACCAGGCAGAGACUUCCCUCGAGAGCCAGGUAGAGAUUAUCCAAGAGACAUGGGGAGAGACUAUAACAGAGAGCCUGGACGAGAAGGUGCUAAAGAAUAUAACAGGGACUAUGGCAAAGACUACUACAGAGAUGCGAACCAUAGGGAUUAUAGACGAGAAUUGGCUAGAGACUUUAACAGAGACUAUGGUAGAGACCAGGGUAGGGACUAUGCUAGAGAUCAAGGUAGAGAGUAUUACAAGGAGUCUGGCAAAGACCUCCCAAGAGAGCGGGACUACCAUGGCAGAGUCGAGUCUAGGGAAUAUUCAAAGGAGCGGGAGAGACUGGAAAAAGACCGUAGUAGUGAAGACAGAAAAAAGAAGAUUGUUGAUAAACAUUCUAAAAAGGAGAGUAAAGAAAAGAAAGUUAAGAAGAAAAUGGACAAGAGCACAGAGGACAAGGAAAGUGUGGCGAUCAAGAAGAAAUCAGCCACUAAACAUGCCUCAUCAUCAGAUGAAAAGGGUCCUGCAGAAAAGAAGAUAAAGAAGACUUCAGUAGCUGAAGGUGCAGAAAAGCCGGCCGUUGUCAGAAAGAAAGUUGUGUCUGGGAAGGUGAAGAAGAUAAAGGCAGCAGCAUCUGAAAACAAGCAAGGUGCUUCCAGUGUGUCUGAGGUACCUGUAUCAAAGAACCUCAUCCAGAUACCUAUAGGUGCUUUAGCAGAAUCGGGCGAGAAUGCACAACCAAAAACAGAGCUUGAUGGCAUGGGCACAAUCACACAAACACAGAAGUUGGACAUGGCUGCAGAAAAAGCUGCACCCAAAAAGGUGGUGAAAAGGAUAAAGAAAUUGAAGGUAUCAGAGUCGAAAACUGAGUCUUCUUCAGCCUCUGAAAGUGAAAAGACAAAAAUAAAAAUCCCAGCCAAAGUUGGUGGAGACAAUCCUGUAACAAAAGCCAAGAUAAGCGACCAGGUUUCUGAAAAUAUUUCACAGGAUGUGAUAGUAGAAAAGAAACUUCCUGCAGUUAAGAAAGAAGAGAAAACAGAAGUUGGACAAGAAAGUGUAUUUGAGGUAGCUGCUGAAGAAAAGGCUGAAGACUUUGCUUCUAUAAAGAAAGAGGACUUAAGCCGCGAUGAGCUGCUGCUUCCACCUCCAGAACCAUCCAAGUGGGAACAGGAAGACUUCGACUGGAGCAGCUCAGAUGCGCAGAACCUUAGGAAGAGACCACUCCAGGCAGAGAAAAAGACCUUCUUACCCAGGUCGGUGCUGAACCGUGCUGAGAAGUAUAUCACUCAAAAGCCAGUCCGCCCUGCGGUUGCCCCCGUUGUUUCAAGAGCGUCACCCAGUAAAAGAAGAGUGUAUGUUGAGGAGAAUGAGUCUCACAAACGUGAGGACAAAGAUGAGCGUAAAGUAAAAACAAACCGCUCUAGUUCCCUUGACAUGCAAAUUACCAUAACCAAAAGCGAAAGGAGGAGUCCAGACCAUGAAGGCCACAGUGUCAAGGCAGAGGCUAGGAGAUUACAUCAUGAAGAGAGCCAUCGGACUGUAGUAAGAGCUGGGGAUGAAUCAGGACAUGAAAAGUCAUCAUCACGACGACGUGUCUCUGAGGAAACAUCUAAAAAGCGCUCAUCUAGUCCGAGAAGGGACCGACAGAGUGAUGGCAAGACGUCCACUGAAGACAGUGGAAGUGAUGGCUCUCCCGUACAGUUGAAGCCAUUCAUUCAACAUGCUCCAGUUUCUUAA